GGUUCGAGCUACAGUCACACUGGCUCCGAUCUUGGUUUUGCUAUAUUAUAAUUAUUCCUAAGAAUAAAAACAGAACUCUUUGUUGACCGAUCUUUAGAGCGGAGCGGGGAAUCUUACGUCUGCCACCUGUUGAGCAUACUUCUUCAAACACAUCAUCAUGGACAAAUUACGCCGUGUUCUAAGUGGAGAUGAGCCCACUCCGGAAGAGGAGAGCAGUAUCAUUACACAGAUUAACGAGAUGUCAACUUUAAGUUGGUCUACACGCAUCAAGGGAUUCUGCAUCUGUUUUGUAUUGGGAAUUUUACUUUCCCUCUUUGGCUCGAUUGCCCUAUUUUUGCACAAGGGAAUUGUGGUCUUUGCGGUCUUCUACACCCUCGGAAAUAUCAUCUCGAUGGCGAGUACUUGCUUUUUGAUGGGGCCCUUUAAGCAGAUCAAGAAAAUGUUUGCCGAAACCAGGCUGAUAGCUACAAUUAUAGUGCUCGUGAUGAUGGUCCUGACUUUCAUAGCAGCUAUUGUGUGGAAAAAGGCUGGACUUACGCUUAUAUUUAUUAUCAUACAAUCUCUGGCGAUGACCUGGUACUCGCUCUCAUACAUCCCAUAUGCCCGCGAUGCCGUCAAGAAGACAGUCUCGGCCUUUUUGGAGGUCUAGAAUCGAUCGCGCUUCUGUACAUAACUCGAGAAAAGCUAGAUUGGUUUGUAACUUAAGCUAAAACAAUUAAAUCGUUUGUAUUAAUCUAGCACUAGAACAUAGAUUCCAUUAUAUUCGCUUAUUAACAAGU